AAUCUCUCUCCCUCUUCAAACAAACUCCCAUUCCUCCCUCCCUUUCUUAGCAGCUGUAACACGGACACACACACACACGCACACACACUUCUGCUCUUAUUCUCCAGUAAAGAUGCUGCAGAAAGUCCGAGAUCAGGUCAAGAAACAUCCUGGACUCAUCCCACAGUUUUUCUUCAUCUGUCUGGGCAUGGGUGGAGCCUUCCUUUAUUUGUUUCGUCUUGCCAAAGGACCUCAUGUCACCUGGAACAAGAGCAGUAACCCUGAGCCCUGGAAUAAGCUCAGUCCGAGCUACCAAUACAAGUUUGUGGCCAUUAACACAGACUACAAAAACCUGAAGAAGGAAGGACCAGACUUCUGAAAGCGUCACAGUUGUUGGCUCAACUUUCAUCAUGAGAUGCCCUUGCACCUCACUAGUGCAAUUUUUUUUUUUUUUUUUUUUUAAAUCUAAUAAUGAGGAAAAUAAAACAAAUGUAGGGUGAUUUGCAAAGAAGACCCGUUUUAAAACUUGUUUAAGAGAAAUUACACUUUUAUAUCUUCACAAAACUUGCUGAUAGAAGUACUAAUUAGCAUGAGAUUAAUUUAAAAAAAAUGACUAGACUAGUGUUACUUUUAUUUAUGUGCAUUAGACAUUAAGCUUUACAGAAACCCCCAAAAUUGCAGAGAUAACAUGACCUCCCUCAAGUGAGCAUGAGAAAGGGCGAAAGGAAGACGAGCAGAUGUUUGUCUUUCUGCAAACAGAACCUGAAGAGCAGAGACUCAUAGGAAGGAGACUGAGCUCCCUCAGGCCCACCCUUGAAGUCUGGGAUUAUUUGGACAAGCAGCAUCUGUUCAGAGUGACGAACUGAUACUCUCAAUCAUGGAGAACAACACGCUUGUUUCUCUCACAAUCUUUCUAUCUGCACUUUUUUUUUAUUAAAAUUUUUAUCAUCACCGCCAUCCAACCAUCUUACAACACACGUUCUCCUCGCUGAGUUGGCAAACAAACACAGGAAAUAGGCAGCCAUUAGACUUACAGUGUUUACUCUUCAGACCCCUAGAGAUUUUAAAAAAGAAAACACAUAAAGAUGCAAACAUUUUAUGCAUGUCCUUAGCUACUGACAAAAAUCCCAUAAACUGGGAAUGAACUAAGGAGGUCUGUUUUGUUUGAUUUCCAGUGACUCGACAGACAGAUUCUCUUCUCUUAAACUGACUAAACUCAUGUCACGGUGUGCGUAGUAUUGAUAAUAAUUUAGUAACAUGCAAUGAACUAAAGUUUAAAAAGAUUUUAAAUCACAGUACUGUGAAGAUAAAAUGCACUUCAAAAACUGACAAUGGACACAGAGCUUUAUUUACACCACUGAAUUCAGUUACUGUAAUGAAUUGAGGGGGUCUGAUGACCAAACUCUACAUGGUUUGAAAUACAAGAUUUUUACAUUUUACAUUUGCACAUUUCAAUUCAUAAACAUUUAGGAAACAUUUCAGAGAAUAAAAACAUGCAUAAAAUAUAGGAUAACCAUACAAACAUUUUAAUUAAAUGUUUUAUUGACUUUUGUUUACCUACAGAUGUUGCCAGUCCACAAUGGCCUUUUUACCAUGGUGUUUGCUACAGUAAUUAUGCAUUUACUGCUCUAAGUGGUGCUGUAAUGGGUGAUGCCCUGGUUCACACACUUUUAGAGAAAAUGUAUUCAGUUUCACAUUGCUGGUUUGCAUAGAGUUCAGUGUUUGUAUUCCCUGUACAUUUUUAUGCAGUUUGAGAAAUAUAGCCUAUAUAUUCUGUGUUUUGUGAAAAAUGAAUAAAGAGCACUGCUGCAAAACAAA